CAGACCCGUUUGGGUGGCUCAAGGCUGAACAUCAUCAUCGUGGCCGAGGGCGCCAUCGACAGACACGGCAAGGCCAUCACCUCUGACGAAGUCAAAGACCUGGUGGUGAAGCGUUUGGGCUACGACACCCGCGUCACCAUCCUGGGCCACGUGCAGCGCGGCGGGACGCCCUCCGCCUUCGACCGCAUCCUGGGCAGCAGGAUGGGAGUCGAAGCCGUCAUGGCCUUGCUGGAAGGGACCCCCGACACCCCCGCCUGCGUCGUCAGCCUCUCAGGGAACCAGGCCGUGCGCCUGCCCCUCAUGGAGUGCGUGCAGGUGACCAAAGAUGUGACAACAGCGAUGCAUGAGAAACGCUUCGAUGACGCCGUGAAACUGCGGGGCCGGAGUUUCCAAAAUAACUGGAACGUCUACAAGCUGCUGGCACACAUCCGCCCGCCCUCCACCAAGAGCGGUUACACGUUGGCUGUGCUCAACGUGGGCGCUCCUGCUGCCGGCAUGAACGCGGCCGUGCGCUCCACCGUGAGGAUCGGGCUCAUCCACGGGCACAGGAUGCUGGCGGUGCACGACGGCUUCGAGGGGCUCGCCUUUGGGAAUGUGGAAGAGAUCAGCUGGGAUAAGGUUGGCGGCUGGACAGGUCUGGGGGGAUCCAAACUGGGGACGAAGAGGACCUUGCCCAAGAAAUACUUUGAGGAAAUCAGCGCCACCAUCACCAACUUCGGCAUCCACGGGCUGAUCAUCAUCGGGGGCUUCGAGGCCUUCGUGGGCAGCCUGGAGCUGAUGGAAGGGAGAGCCAAGUUUGACGAGCUCUGCAUCCCCAUCUGCGUCAUCCCCGCCACCGUCUCCAACAACGUCCCUGGCUCCGACUUCAGCAUCGGCGCCGACACCGCCCUCAACACCAUCACCACGACCUGCGACCGCAUCAAGCAGUCGGCAGCGGGGACCAAGCGGCGCGUCUUCAUCAUCGAGACGAUGGGCGGCUACUGCGGGUACCUGGCCACCAUGGCGGGGCUGGCAGGCGGUGCCGAUGCUGCCUACAUCUUCGAGGAGCACUUCAGCAUCCGUGACCUGCAGAUCAACGUGGAGCACAUAACCGAAAAAAUGAAGACGACAGUGAAGCGCGGGCUGGUGCUCAGGAACGAGCGCUGCAACGAGAACUACACCACCGACUUCAUCUACAACCUGUACACAGAGGAGGGCAAAGGCAUCUUCGACUGCCGCAAGAACGUGCUGGGGCACAUGCAGCAGGGCGGCACCCCGACCCCCUUCGACAGGAAUUUCGGCACUAAAAUGGGCGCCAAGUCGGUGGCUUGGAUCACUGGCAAGAUCAAGGAGUGCUCCCGGCACGGUCGGAUCUUCGCCAACACAGCCGACUCGGCGUGCCUGCUGGGCAUGCGCAAACGCAGCCUGGUGUUCCAGCCCCUCACCGAACUCAAGGAGCAGACAGACUUCGAGCACCGCAUUCCCAAGGAACAGUGGUGGCUGAAGCUGCGUCCCAUCCUGAAGAUCCUGGCCAAGUACAACAUCGAGCUGGACACCUCGGAGAAGGCACACAUGGAGCACGUCAGGCAAAAGAGGGUCUCGCAGGAGUACAACAUGUGAGGGAGGACCCUCUGAAAGACCCCCCCCCAAAUCCCCCGCAGCAUCUUCACUUUUGAAAGAGCAGUUUUGCCGAAAACCGAGGGUUUCCUCAGGGUAAUUUCGGGCUGGUUUAGAUCCAGCCAGGUGUUUUAUGGGCUUUUGAAAGAGCAAAGCGUUCCGCGAGCGGCUCGCGUUGCGGCAGGACGUUGCGUUGACCUGAAAGCAGAGGUCAGGGCUGUAGGGCAUCACUUUAGUUUGAAACUCAGAAUUGUGACGCUUCAAUAAAGCAGCACCGCCCCGUGGUGGUGACAAAAACA